AUGAGCGCCGCCCGCGGAGGCGGCGGGGACAAGAUGGCAGCGGCGCGGCGGGUGCAGCUGGUGCUGGGGCACUUGGCCGGGCCCCAGCCGGGAGCCGGCACCGGCCUUUGGGCUUCGCCGUGUGCCAGCCGCGCCGGGGCCUCUCCGCGGACCGCCAGCCCCGAGGAUGUGGUGGUGGUGCACGGGCAGCGGACCGCCAUCGGCCGAGCCAAGCGCGGCGGCUUCAAGGAUACCACCCCCGAUGAGCUGCUGUCUGCUGUCAUGACAGCUGUCCUUCAGGAUGUCAAUCUUCGCCCUGAGGUCCUGGGAGACAUCUGUGUGGGAAACGUGCUGCAGCCCGGAGCUGGUGCUUUGAUUGCAAGAGUGGCACAGUUUCUAAGCGGUAUUCCAGAGACGGUGCCGUGCUCCAGCGUCAACCGGCAGUGCUCCUCGGGGCUGCAGGCCAUCAUCAAUAUAGCUGGUGGCAUCCGAAAUGGAUCGUAUGACAUUGGCUUGGCCUGCGGGGUGGAAACGAUGUCCCUCAGAAGUGCAAAUAACCCUGGUGAUAUCAGUUCCAAUAUGAUGGAAAACAGCAAAGCUCGAGAUUGCCUUAUUCCUAUGGGAAUAACCUCAGAAAACGUGGCAGAGAAGUUUGGAGUUUCCCGAAAGAAGCAAGAUGCCUUUGCCUUGGCUUCCCAACAAAAAGCAGCAAAAGCUCAGCAGAUGGGACUGUUUAAAACUGAGAUUGUUCCAGUGAAGACCACUGUUCUAGAUAACCAGGGCAACCAGAAGACAAUCACUGUGCACCAAGAUGAAGGCAUUAGGCCCUCCACCACCCUGGAAGGCUUGGCCAAGCUGAAGCCUGCCUUCAAAGAGGAUGGAAGCACCACAGCAGGUAAUGCCAGCCAGGUCAGUGAUGGAGCAGCUGCUGUUCUCCUGGCCAGACGCUCCAAAGCAGCACAGCUGGGACUGCCCAUCCUGGGGGUGCUCAGGUCCUUUGCUGUGGUUGGGGUCCCACCUGAUGUGAUGGGCAUCGGCCCGGCCUACGCCAUCCCGGUGGCUGUGGAGAAGGCAGGUCUGACUCUGAAUGACAUUGAUAUAUAUGAAAUCAAUGAAGCCUUUGCAAGCCAGGCUGUGUUCUGUGUUGAAAAGCUGGGCAUUCCCAUGGAGAAGGUCAACCCCCUGGGAGGAGCAAUAGCACUGGGACACCCACUGGGCUGUACUGGGGCUCGUCAAGUUGUCACUUUGCUCAACGAGUUGAAGCGCAGAGGGAAAAGAGCAUAUGGAGUUGUCUCCAUGUGCAUCGGAACCGGCAUGGGCGCUGCAGCAGUGUUUGAGUACCCAGGGAGCUAACUCCAGUGUGCUGACAGAGCAGCACAGCAGCAGCUCAGUCUCUGCCUUCUCCAGGAAUAGCAAAUGAUUUGCACUGUGAAAUCAAGGGGCUUCGGGGAUUCCUUACUAGAGCUACACAUCUGAGGCACAAAUUGCAAAGCUAAUAAAUUGUAUGGAUCUGCUAAGCAGGGGGGGAAAUGCAGAACUGGCACAUGGUGUCUUGACACGAGGAGAGAAAUGAGUUCAGCUGAAGUUCAACUACGUGUGGUGAUGAUGAAUUUGUAUUUCUAAUUUACUUGAUCUUUUUAAUCUGCCAAUAUUACCAGAGAGAAGUAGUUCAUGGUGCAGUAUUUUUGCAGGACGGUGUCUAAAACAGUGGCUCAGAAUCAAAAACACUGCACAUGAAAAGGCUUUUUCAGGAUUUUCUUAAAAGAUUUCACCUUCUUGUAAGAAGUCUAAAGCAGAGCCAAGACUUGACAUAAUUUUCUUUACAACACUGUCUGUCCUAUCCCAGUCAUAAGUUGGCCAUGUCUGAAGUUGUCCCUAUGCUGGAAGAUGGGCUGUAACCCAGCUUUUAACCAGGCUGCUCUGGAGCCUCCAGUGGGGGUGGGUGGAAAGACUAGAAUGUAAUUUACACAGGACCGAACCAACCGCUGAGAUGCCUGAACAGAAAGGUUUGGAUGAUUUGCUAGAAGCCAGGCAUGUGACAGUGGCCAUUCCCUCUUUUUACAGCACAUUUCUAACAGUCACUUGGUGUGACUCUACCAUAGAGAACAAGCUUAUGCUUCAUAUUUACUUACCUACCAUGAAGCAGAUUCCAGCAUUACUUUCAGCACAAGCACUACGUGAUCAUCAGUGACAUCUCAGUACUUCUAAUACAAAUGUGAAUUUCAUCUUGCACAGUUCUGCCUUCACUGCUCUCUCUUACAAGUAGAAAGAUCUCUGAGGUGUUAGAAAAAUGCAACUUUGUAAGACAGACUGAAGUUCCUUGUCUUGACUCUUUUUUUUUUUGCACUAAUACAAAUGGGUUCUUGCAAUA